AUGUCUUUUAAAGGGCUAGGAAAGGCUGUGGUGAGAGCACCACAGUCAAUUAAGCAGAAGUUCAACAUGGGUGAACAAACUAGUGACAGUGUGUAUCUUGAGGCUGAACGUCGGUUUAAAGAAUUUGAGACUGAUACCCAGAAGUUAAGUACUGAGUGUAAGAGAUAUUUUGGGGCAGUUAAUGGGAUGCUACAGCACCAAAUAGGGUUUGCUAAGGCAAUGGAAGAGCUUUUCAAGCCUAUUAAUAUGAGCUUGGACCCUUCCAAUAAUUCUAAUGAGGAUUCCUCAAAGGGUGUAAUUGCUGCGGAGCAGUAUUGUGAACUUGUUGCAGAGCUACAGGUGAUUUUGAAGCCAGACUUAGAACUUAUUGAAGAAAGAGUUAUCAAGCCUACCCAGGAAUUACAGAAGAUCAUCAACAACAUUCGUAAAAUGACAGUCAAACGUAACCAUAAGCAGAUAGAUUUGGACAGGCGUACAGCAGCUUACAAGAAAUAUGAGAACAAGAAGGAACGCAGUAUAAAGGAUGACGAGAAGAUGUAUAAAGCUGAGGCAGAGCUGGAAGUCGCACAGCAAGAGUACGACUAUUAUAACAAUAUGCUGAAGGAUGAAUUGCCUGCCUUAUUCAAACUUGAAAGUGAAAUGCUUGCUCCACUCUUUGUUUCUUUCUACUACAUGCAAUUGAACGUCUUCUACACCUUGUUCAACAAAUUAAAGGACAUGAACAUUCCUUACUUUGACCUCAAUAGCGAUAUUACCCAGCAGUUCCAUGCAAGACGUGGAAAUAUUGCCGAGACUGCAGAUUCGCUAAGAAUUACCAAUUUCAGAGUGGGCUACUCAAAAACAAAAUUGGAAAUGACUAGGCGCCAACAUACUUCUUCCUCACGCAGCUCAGACUCCUCAUCAGCCUCCCCAGCCCCCUACACAUCUAGCUACGGAAGCAGUAAUAGCCCAGCACCUCCCUAUGUCAACCCGGCUAGUAAUAUUUCGGCGGCUCCGACAGGACCACCAAGCUAUUCUCCGCUACCAAGUGCUCCUACAACAUAUACAACACCAUCAACCGCCCCAACCGUCGAAACAUGCACUGCUUUGUACGCUUUUAGCGCCCAGGAAAGCGGUGAUCUCUCCUUCCCUGCAAACGCAGUAAUUGAAGUCGAAGAUCGUAGUGACGCAGACGGCUGGUGGGUCGGCCGUUACAAUGGCACUCGAGGAAAUUUCCCAGCUAACUACGUUCGUCUCAACAAAAGCUAA